UCUCAACCCUGCUGUAAAAAUGUGAGAUGACAUUCACAUCCCUGAAAAUACAAAUGAUAAUAAAUACAUGAUUAUUUUUUCAAAAAUAAAUAAAUUUGUAAAUUUACAUCCAAAAGGGCUUCCAACGCAUUUUAAAAAAAUGAGUGUCUUUACACAAUGGUUAAAUCCAUUAAUAGGCAUUCUUACCUGGGAGGAAAAGGAUUCAGACUAUGAUUAUCAUCAGGAAAUUGCUAGAUCAGCAUUUGCCGAUAUGUUACACGACGAAGAGAGGAAUAAAAAAUAUUAUUCUGCUCUCAAAUCUGCUAUUGAUAAAAAACACAAAAAUGGAGAAGAAGCAAAUGUCCUGGAUAUUGGAACUGGAACUGGAUUAUUAUCAAUGAUGGCAGCAAAAUGUGGUGCAGAUUCAGUGAUUGCAUGCGAAACUUUUAAACCAAUGGCAAUUUGUGCGGAGAAAAUUAUUAAAGCUAAUGGAUUUGACAAGACAAUAAAAUUAAUACACAAACCCUCAACGUCGUUAACUGUAGGCGAAAAUGGUGAUCUUCAAAAACGUGCAAAUAUUUUAGUUGCCGAAGUAUUUGACACUGAAUUAAUAGGAGAAGGUGCUUUAUCAACUUUUCAUCAUGCCAGUCAAGUUUUACUCGAAGAAAACAGUAUUGUUAUACCGUCGAGAGGGACAGUUUGGGUACAAGUAAUUGAAAGCAAAAUGGUAAAAGACUGGAAUAAAUUAAAUACAAUUCAGGAUAAUGAAGAAGAAAUUUUAUUUAAGACAAAUUCAUCUUUGGAUAAUUGUCAUGGUACAGUUACUGUUCAGGAUUUACAGCUCAGUCGUAUUUUGCACAAAGAUUUCAAACCUCUAUUACCGCCACAAAAAAUUUUUCAUUUCGAUUGGUCUGGGAAAGUUCCUUUGAAAUUUGAUGAAAAUGUUUCAUUACCCGUAAAAGCAAUCGAAACUGGUACAGCGCACGCUGUAUUUAUGUGGUGGGAUAUUCAAAUGGAUACAAAUGGAGAGAAUCUCCUUAGUUGCGCACCCGUUUGGGAACAUCCGUCUGUAAAUUCUGAGAAAGGAAUAGAUCAGGAUUUAUUAACUAGAAAGAUACCUUGGCGAGAUCAUUGGAUGCAAGCAAUUUAUCAUUUACCAACAGAAAUUCCUGUUCAAAUGAAUCAAGAAGUCACACUCAUAGGAUGUCACGACGAAUAUUCCUUUUGGUUUAAUUUAAAAAACAAUUCAAUAUUAAAUUUCGAUGACUUUGAAAUUCCCACGUGCAAUUGUUGUUUACAUUUAGCCUAUCCGAGAAAUCGUAUUAGUCAAUUAAACGAUAUGUGUAGAAAUAGAAAAUUUAUUCAAAUAUUGAGAAGAAAAAUUAAUUACAAUUCGACGUGUUUAUGCAUCACGGAAGGAUCAUUAUUGGGAAUAAUGGCCGCUAAACUUGGUGCAAAGAAAGUAAUUAUUUUCGAACCCACUGCAAUAUCAAGAAGAGCAAUGGAAACAUUUGUCGAAGCUAAUAAUUUAAUUGAACAAGUGGAAAUAAUUCAUUCGUUUAAUGAUUUUCCUAUGGAUAAAAAAAUUGAUUUCAUAAUAGCCGAACCAUUCUUUUUGACUACUAUUUUACCCUGGGAUAAUUUACGAUAUUGGUAUAUUGUUUCGAAAUAUUUUCCAAAUAUGCCAAAAUUCCCAAUGCAAGCAACAAUACGAGCUGUACCUAUGGAAUUUAUUGAUUUACAAAAAAUACGAACUCCAAUUGGUAAUUGUGAGGGUUUUGAUUUGUCAUUAUUCGACGAAUUAGUUCAGGAUUCUAGUGAAAAAAGUGAUUCGCCCGUUGAAGCACAACCCUUGUGGGAAUAUUUUGGUAACGCUCUCGGUUCAUCGUUUGAGAUAGUAAAUUUUGAUUUAACACAAAAUGUUUAUGAGAAAAAUCAAGAAUCACUUUCGGGUAGUGUAAAAUUUGAAGUAGAUGGAACGUGCAAUGGAAUUGCAUUGUGGAUUGAUUGGAAAUUAGACGAUGAUGUAAUUAUUUCCUCUGGACCACAAGAAAGCAUAAAAUCAGGUGCACAAGUAAUUUGGGAUCCUCACACAAAGCAAGGUGUUCAUUUACUUAAAAAUAUCAAAUCUGUAAAAUCCAAAGAUACACUUUCUUGGUCUUUUGACUUUAAACCAAACGAAGGACUCAUGAAAUUUGAAUUUCAUGUAAAUGAAUCUUAAUUGUAAGUUUUAAGAAUUUUUUUUAGGAAAUAAAUGUAUUUUUUACUCUUAAAUUUUUUUUUUGUACAUUUUACAUUAUAAAGCUACAUGUUGCAUUAAUUUACAAAUUUUUUUUUUCUAUUUUGUGUGAGGAAAAUAUUUUUAAAUUUACUCACAUUAAAAUAAAUAAAAAUGGUUUUAAAUGCAUAAACUUUGGUUAUUUAUUAGUAAAAACUUAAUGACAGAUUCUUGAUUUACACAGGAAUUCAUGCAUGUCCGUUAAUUUUAUAAGAAAUAAAAAAUAUCAAACGCUUACAAAAAUCAUAUAUGGACUCUAAAAUUUGUUCUUUACACAAAAAAGUCUUUUUCUUUCUUCUUUUUUUUU